AAAACCAGCCCAUAUGCACCACCCAAUCAAGAUGACACAAUGACAAUCACCACUCACUCUUUAAUCUCCACCUUCACCCCUCCUCACCACACCUUCAACCACCACCACCACCGUCACCACCAACUCAAACCUCCACUCAAACCACGCGCACAACUCUCCCUAACAACUCCACAACCACCAACCUCUCAACCAACCCCAACCACCACCGGCGUCAUUGUCAUCGGCGCCGGUCUAUCCGGCUUAGCCGCCGCCGUACGCCUCCACGCCGACAACAUCCCCUUCCUCCUCCUCGAAGCCGCCGACGCCGUCGGCGGCCGUGUACGCACCGACACCGUCGACGGCUUCCUCCUCGACCGUGGUUUCCAGAUCUUCAUCACCGGUUAUCCAGAAGCCAGAAAAAUACUCGAUUACAAAACCCUAGAUCUUCAAAAAUUCUACUCCGGUGCCAAAGUUUACUACGGCGGACGCUUCCACACCGUCGCCGAUCCGUUACGUCACUUUUCCGACGCUAUUCAAUCUCUAACGAAUCCAAUCGGAUCAGUUUUUGAUAAAUCUCUCAUCGCGUUGACUAGAGUAAGGGUUUUGACUCAAUCCGAUGAGCAACUACUCUCCGGUGAAGAGACUUCAACAAUUAGUUUACUUAAACGAAUCGGAUUCUCCGAUUCGAUUGUGGAUCGGUUUUUUCGACCAUUUUUCGGGGGGAUUUUCUUCGAUAGGGAGCUCGAAACGACUUCGAGGCUAUUCGAUUUCAUCUUCAAAUGUUUAGCUCUCGGCGAUAACACGCUUCCUGCGAAAGGAAUUUCCGCAAUUCCGGAACAGUUAGCGGCUAAAUUACCGUCGAAUUCGAUCAUUCUCAACUCACCGGUGGCUUCUGUUGACAAUUCGGAUUCGAUUUACACUGUUACGUUGAAGAACGGUGAGGUUUUACAAUCCGAAUACGGUGUGAUCGUUGCGGUUGAAGAACCCGAAGCUGUUAAGCUUUUGGCGGGAGAAUGGAAUAUGGACAAUUUUUGUAGUGAGAUCAAACAGCCGGUCCGAAGCACGGUUUGUAUAUACUUCUCUGCAGAGAGAAGCCAGGUUCCGGUUGAUGACCCGGUUCUGUUUAUAAACGGGUCGGGUCGUGGGAUAGUGAACAACAUGUUUUUUGCAACCAAUGUGGCUCCUUCGUAUGGCCCGCCUGGGAAAGCAUUGGUGUCGGUUUCGCUUAUUGGGUUGUAUGAGGAUGAAUCGGAUGAGGAUUUGAGGGUUAGAGUAGUUGAAGAGCUUAGUAGUUGGUUUGGGCCGGAUGUGGCUGGCUCAUGGACGUAUCUUAAGACUUAUCGGGUUAGAUUUGCACAACCGAAUCAAUGCCCGCCUACGGAUUUAAGGAAGAACUCGAAGGUGGGAAACGGGUUGUAUGCGUGUGGGGAUUAUCGAACAAGCGCUACGUUUGAUGGUGCUCUGGUUUCAGGGCGGGAGGCCGCGGAGGCGUUACUGAAAGAUCGAUCUUUGGUUCGAGCUUCAUAAGGACUAAAUACAUUUGUAAAGUUUCAUUGGUGAAAUUUUUUAUACAUGUUAUAGCUCAUUGUUAAAUCGAUAAACUUGAAUCCUUAUGGGUCGACAAA